UCCUUUUCUCUUAACCUCGUUCGUUAAUGGCGAUGCCGAGGCGACGAAGACGACGACAAAGUAGAGAGAGAGAGAGAGAGAGAGAGAGAGAGAGAGAGAGUGCGAGGGUUCCUAGAAGGAGACGUCCCUUUCGCCUCCUCUUAGGGUUCGUAACCCCAGCUGGGGGGGUGAGGAAGGGGACGAAAAUGGCGCUCUCGUGCGGUGCGGAUCCUUCGAUCCCGUCCCCUCCUUCUUAUACGCCUCCUCCUCCACUCCGCGGUCUUGGAUCUCUCCCAAACCCUGAAAGGGAGGCCGAAUUCGGGGUCGAUUCGCUGGAUCCGCGUCCUUGGUGCGGAAACCCUAGCAAUUCGGCGGGUCUAGGGUUCUUGAGAAGCAAUCAACCUUAAAUUGUCCAUGCCGCCAAUAAUGGAAUAUACUUCAAGCCACAGUAAGCCUCCUCCCUCUCGCAGAAGAAGCGGCUACGAGCCAUCCGAUACUGAAACAGAAUGGCAGGAAAGCCCUUGGCAUGAAGGACCAUUGACCUCGAACAGGCCUAAAACACCUACAGGCCCUUCGAGGACUAUCAGUCCUUUGAAUAGUAGCAGGAGGCAUUCAUCAAGGGAAGACGCCGCCAGCAUUGGCUCAUCUAAGGUUCCAAGAGCUAGUCCAAUUGCUCGAAGACAUAGCAGAUCUCCUUUUAAGGGUGCUAGUGUUGGUAAUAAUGAGAGGAAAAGUGUUUCUCCAUACAAGGGCAGAAUAGAGGAUUUGAAUUAUGAGAAUGAUGGGCUUAGCAAUUUCCUGCAUAAAAGGAGCCAGAGAACGCCUCCGAAAUUCCGUAGUUCUGUGCAAAAUGAUUCUUACUCACAGUUUGAAGUUUCAAGGGGCAGUGAGAGGUCAAAGAACAAUCGUAAUAGGUCGAUCUCUGCUCCCAGACCUAGAUCAAGAGAAAGUCAUGAACUAAUUACUGUUCCUUCAACUCAUACCAUGGAUCAAGUUCCGUUCUCAUUAACAAAUAACAAUGCAACUGCGAGAGAUCCUUCUCCAAAUAAGAUGCAUGAUUCAGCAGGAAAUGAUAAACUACCUAAAUCUUUAGCAUACAAUGCCUACUCGUAUAUGAGCACAGAUAUCUCCCAAGGGGAUAUCUUCUUUUCUCGUGAUUGUACAGUUCAGCAGAAAGUUUCUGUUGGUUAUAAUGGUGAUAAAGCCUGUGAUAAAGAGAUGAAGGUGGUUUCAGAAAGCUCUGUUGCCCAUAAUGAAAAUAGAGGGUUUGGUGGUUCAGGUCAAGUUCCUAAGGCCGUUUCGAUUAGCACAGUACUAUCACAAACAAACACAAGUUCUAAUCCUUCGCUUAGUCGGUUGAGCAGCAGCAAGACGAACACUAGCUCCAAUUUCCAUAGAGGCAGGCUGGGUAGUGAUAGUGCUAAGUAUAGUGAUAGCAGUGGAAAAGUAAGCAUAGGUUUCGUUAAAUUUACACUCAACAGACAGAAAGGUCAAAAAGAUAUAUGGCUCUCGUGUAUAAAGAGAGGCCCCUGCAGGAGACCUAAGUCACCGGAAAAUAGAGCGGUGGAUGAGGCUUCUUUUAUUAACAAGGCAUUUGUGGUGGAGAAACUGAGGCCGUUUUGGGCCGAAAAGUAUAGACCCCGAACAUUAAAUGGGUUCAUUUGUCACAGACUGCAAGUGCAGCAACUCAAACAAUUGGUAUCCCAUGACGGCUGUCCACAUAUUCUGUUCAAGGGGCCUCCUGGAUCAGGAAAGAAAUCAUUGUGUAUGGCCUUACUACAGGAGAUCUUUGGUGACUCUUCUUUAAAAGUAACUCAUGAUUUAAGACGUUUCCGUAUUCAGGAAUCUCAACCAGCACAAAUUGUUGUUCCAUUAACUUCAAGUCCUCACCAUGUGGAACUUAAUCUGAGGUCUCAAGUAAAGAAUGCUCGGCAUGCUUUAAUGGCUAUUGCCAAGGAAAUAGCUGGCAAUCAUACAGAGGCUCUCGAUGAUCCAAGUUUCAAGAUGGAUUAUAAAGUGAUUGUUCUCUAUGAUGUCGACAAAGCGACAGAAAAUGUUCAACAUCUGAUAAAAUGGGUAAUGGAUUGCUACGCUGAUGCAUGCAAGAUCAUAUUAUGUUGUGAGGAUGAGGCCGAUCUCCUUGAACCCGUAAAAAGUCGUUGCAAAGUUGUUACUGUUGAUGCUCCUGGUGUUGAUGAGAUUACAGACAUUCUAAUUCACAUAGCGCGGAGAGAAAAGUUUGAACUCUCUGGGAGGUUCGCUGCUGCUAUUGCAACUAAAUCGAAGCAAAACUUGAGGGAGGCAAUUAUGGCCCUUGAGGCGUGCAAAGCUCAUAAGUACCCUUUUGUUGAUGAGCAACCGAUACCAUUUGGUUGGGAAGAGGUUCUGAUAGAACUUGCAGCAGAUAUUCUUACCGACCCUUCUCCUGAAAGGUUAACGUUAACGCGCGGAAAGUUUCAGAAGCUGCUAAUGGAAUUUGUUCAUCCCAAAUUGAUUCUCCAGAAGCUCGUGGAACAGUUUCUUAAGGGAAUCGAAGCUGGGAUUAAGAGGGAGCUUUAUUAUUGGCAUGCUUACUAUGAUAAGCGAUUGCCCACUGGAGCAAGCGCCCUGCUGAAAUUAGAAGAAUUUGUCGCCAAGUUCAUGAGCAUACAUCGGAAGAACUUCCCCGGAUCUCUCUAUGGAUAGCGAGCCGAACAGUUUCAAAGAAGAAUUCAGCAACCGCUACAUCGCUUGCAUUCAUAGUUUUCCGAAAACGAAUCCGAAGUAAGAAAUCAUAACUUUCACCUUGUACAAGUCUCCUUUUCGCAGGACUUCGAUAUUUGCUAAUAAUGUUCUCUAUAGAGUAUACAUACCAGUAUAAGAAUUUGUAUAGUGUAACUAUCCAUACAACAAAGUUGAAGAAAUUUUAGGGACAUUACCAUAUGUUUUCAUAUCAGUUAUCUCCUCUCAUGGUUUGUGUAAUCACAUCAUUCUCUGGUUUUUUUU